AUGAAGAGGUUGAGAAAGUCCCUCUAUGGUUUAAAGCAGGCACCGAGAUGUUGGUUUGCUAAACUUACUACGGCCUUAAGACAGUAUGGUUUCAUACAAUCCUAUUCUGAUUAUUCUUUAUUUACAUUUACUACUCGUGAUUCUCAAAUUACUGUUUUGGUAUAUGUUGAUGAUUUGAUUAUUUCUGGGAACGAUUCCGCUGCAUUAUCUGUGUUUAAGGCCUAUUUGUGUGACUGUUUUAAGAUGAAGGAUUUAGGUCCUUUGAAAUAUUUUUUGGGGAUUGAAGUGGCUCGUAGCUCUGCAGGUUUGCUAGGCGCCAAACCUAGUGGUUUUCCCAUGGAGCAAAACCACAAGUUAGGUUUAGCCACUGGCGCAAUUCUCUCUGAUCCGGAGCCUUACCAGCGGCUUGUUGGUCGUUUAAUUUAUCUUACUGUAACGCAUCCUGAUUUGGCGUACUCUGUUCAUAUUUUGUCUCAGUUUAUGCAGCAACCAUGUAGUGAACACUGGGAUGCUGCUUUAAGGGGUUGGUGUGAUUCAGAUUGGGCUGCUUGUUUCCUGACUCGCCGAUCUUUAUCUGGUUGGCUUGUUUUUCUCGGUAAAUCACCUAUUUCGUGGAAAACCAAGAAGCAACCCACGGUCUCCUUCUCUUCUUCGGAGGCCGAAUACAGUCUUGGAGUACACCAUCCAAAGGCUAUUAAGUUAUUUUGUGAUAAUGAAGCGGCUUUGCACAUUGCAAAGAAUCCGAUUUUUCAUGAACGGACAAAGCACAUUGAGAUUGAUUGUCACUUCGUUCGUGAUGCAAUUACUGAGGGGUGGUUAUCUACAUCUCAUGUUCCGACUUCUUCACAGCUUGCGGAUAUUUUUACAAAAGCUCUUGGGAAAGCACAGUUUGAUUAUCUUCUUUCCAAGUUGGGCACUUACGAUCCAAGCGCUCCAACUUGA